UAGUAAGACAGGUGCCUUCAGUUCACUCUCAGUAAGGGGCUGGUUGCCUGCAUGCGUGUGUGCUCUGUGUCACAGUGGACCGGAGCUGAACAAGCUUGACUGGCGUCAUUCAGGAGCUGGAUGGCGUGGGACAUGUGCAACCAAGACUCUGAUUCUGUGUGGAGUGACAUCGAGUGUGCUGCCCUGGUUGGUGAAGACCAGCCUCUUUGCCCAGAUCUUCCUGAACUGGAUCUUUCAGAAUUAGAUGUGAACGACUUGGAUACAGACAGCUUUCUGGGUGGACUCAAAUGGUGCAGUGACCAAUCAGAAAUAAUAUCCAAUCAGUACAACAAUGAGCCUUCAAACAUAUUUGAGAAGAUAGAUGAGGAGAAUGAGGCAAACUUGCUAGCAGUCCUCACGGAGACACUGGACAGUCUCCCCGUGGAUGAAGACGGAUUGCCCUCAUUUGACGCGCUGACAGAUGGAGACGUGACCACCGACAACGAGGCCAGUCCCUCCUCCAUGCCUGAGGGCACCCCCCCGCCUCAGGAGGCAGAAGAGCCAUCUCUACUUAAGAAGCUCUUACUGGCACCGGCCAACACUCAGCUAAGUUAUAAUGAAUGCAGUGGGCUCAGUACCCAGAACCAUGCAAACCAUAACCACAGGAUCAGAACAAACGCCACAGUUGUCAAGACUGAGAAUUCAUGGAGCCACAAAGCGAAGAGCAUUUGUCAACAGCAAAAGCCACAAAGACGUCCCUGCUCAGAGCUUCUCAAGUAUCUGACCACAAACGAUGACCCUCCUCACACCAAACCCACAGAGAACAGAAACAGCAGCAGAGACAAAUGUACCUCCAAAAAGAAGUCCCACACACAAUCACAGUCGCAACAUCUACAAGCCAAACCAACUACUUUAUCUCUUCCUCUGACCCCAGAGUCACCAAAUGACCCCAAGGGUUCCCCAUUUGAGAACAAGACUAUUGAACGAACCUUAAGUGUGGAACUCUCUGGAACUGCAGGCCUAACUCCACCCACAACUCCUCCUCAUAAAGCCAACCAAGAUAACCCUUUUAGGGCUUCUCCAAAACUGAAGUCCUCUUGCAAGACUGUGGUGCCACCACUAUCCAAGAAGCCCCGGUACAGUGAGUCUUCUGGUACCCAAGGCAGUAACCCUGCCAAGAAAGGGCCCGAGCAGUCAGAGCUGUACGCACAACUCAGCAAGUCCUCCGUGCUCGCCAGUGGACUGGAGGAAAGAAAGACCAAGAGGCCCAGUCUACGGCUGUUUGGUGACCACGACUAUUGCCAGUCAGUUAACUCCAAAGUCGAAAUACUCAUUAAUCUAUCACCGGAGCUCCAAGACUCUAGACAACUAGAAUAUAAAGAUGCCUCCUCUGAUUGGCAGGGGCAGAUUUGUUCUUCCACAGAUUCUGACCAGUGCUACCUGAGAGAGACUUCGGAGGCCAGCAAGCAGGUCUCUCCUUUCAGUACCAGAAAACAGCUCCAAGACCAGGAGAUCCGAGCCGAGCUGAACAAGCACUUCGGUCAUCCCCGUCAAGCUGUUUUUGAUGAUGAAACAGACAAGACCAGUGAACUGAGGGAUAGUGAUUUCAGUAACGAACAGUUCUCCAAACUACCUAUGUUUAUAAAUUCAGGACUAGCCAUGGAUGGCCUGUUUGAUGACAGCGAAGAUGAGAGUGACAAACUGAGCUACCCUUGGGACGGCACGCAGUCCUAUUCCUUGUUUGAUAUGUCUCCUUCUUCCUCUUCUUUUAACUCUCCAUGCAGAGAUUCCGUGUCACCGCCCAAAUCCUUAUUUUCUCAAAGACCGCAAAGGAUGCGCUCUCGUUCAAGGUCCUUUUCCCGACACAGGUCGUGUUCCCGGUCACCGUACUCCAGGUCAAGAUCAAGGUCUCCAGGCAAUAGAUCCUCUUCCAGAUCCUGCUACUACUACGAGUCAAGCCACUACAGACACCGCACACACCGAAAUUCUCCUUUGUACGUGAGAUCACGUUCAAGAUCGCCCUAUGGCCGUCGGCCCAGGUAUGACAGCUACGAGGAAUAUCAGCACGAGAGGCUCAAGAGAGAAGAAUACCGCAGAGAGUAUGAGAAGCGGGAGUCUGAGCGGGCCAAGCAGAGGGAGAGGCAGAGGCAGAAGGCAGUUGAAGAACGCCGAGUGAUUUAUGUUGGUAAAAUCAGACCUGACACGACACGGACAGAACUGAGGGACCGUUUUGAAGUUUUUGGUGAAAUUGAGGAGUGCACAGUCAAUCCACGGGAUGAUGGAGACAGCUAUGGUUUCAUUACCUACCGUUAUACCUGUGAUGCUUUUGCUGCUCUUGAAAAUGGAUACACUUUGCGCAGGUCGAACGAAACUGAUUUCGAGCUGUACUUUUGUGGACGCAAGCAAUUUUUCAAGUCUAACUAUGCAGACCUAGAUUCAAACUCAGAUGACUUUGACCCUGCUUCCACCAAGAGCAAGUAUGACUCUCUGGAUUUUGAUAGUUUACUGAAAGAAGCUCAGAGAAGCUUGCGCAGGUAACAUGUUCCUUGGCUGAGGAUGACAGAGGGAUGGUGAAUACCUCACGGGACAGUGCGUCCUUCCCUAACAGACUAUUGCAAGUCAUACUUAGGAAUUUCUCCUACUUUACACUCUCUGUACAAAAGCAAAGCAAAGCAACAAUACAGCAACAACAACAACAAUAACAAUGGUUUACAUGAACACAGCUGCUGAAGAAGCGAGAGGCAGAGUGAUAUCCAGUAAGCACAUGUUUAUUCAUGGUGUCGGCUUUGCUUUCCCCGGAGUCGCUUGGCGAUGGAGUGUGUGUGUGUGCGUGCGUGUGAGUGUGCAAGCCUGGGGUAGGGGAAGUAUAUGUGUGGGCACGUGGGGACUGGGAGCACCUGACCAGAGUGUGCAAGGGCAAACCCCUUCAAAUGGCAGCAGUUCCAUGAAGACACACUUAAAACCUAGAACUUCAAAAUGUUCAUAUUCUAUUCAAAAGGAAAAAAAAAAAAAGUACAUCUAUAAAUUAAAAAGGAAAGAAAACUCACCAACCAACCAACCAACCAACCAACCAACCAACCACAAACCGCCCUAAAGUGACAGCUGCUGAUGUCAGAGCGUCAGCCUCCGUACUCUCUUUUGUAAGAAAGAAAGUGCAAAAUCAACUUGAAGCAAGCUCUCUCGUAACAUAAUGAUUAUAUGACAAUCCCGAAGAAACCACAGGUUCCAUAGAACUAAUAUCCUCUCUCUCUGUCUCUCCCCCUUUUUUUUCUUUUUUCUUUCCCCUUGUGCCAUGGAAUCUGGGUGGGAGAGGAUGCUGCGGGUAGCAGAAUGCUAAACUUCCCUAACAUUUUGAAGUUUCUGUAGUUCGUCCUUUAUCUUGACACCCAUGUAAAUGUCCAAAAUGUUGAUCUUCCACUGCAAAUUUCAAAAGCCUUGUCAAUGGUCAAGCGUGCAGCUUGUUCGACGGUUCUUUCUGAAGAGCGGACACGGUGUUACAUUACUAAUGAGAGUUGGGUAGAACUCUCUGGGAUGUGUUCAUAUAGUGUAAUUGCUACAUUCUCUGAUGUAGUUAAGUAUUUACAGAUGUUAAACGGAGUAUUUUUAUUUUAUGUACAUACUAUACAACAAUGUUCUUUUUUUGUUACAGCUAUGCACUGUAAAUGCAGCCUUCUUUUCAAAACUGCUAAAUUUUUCUUAAUCAAGAAUAUUCAACUGUAAUUAUUGAGGUGAAACAAUUAUUGUACACUAACAUAUUUAGAAGCUGAACUUACUGCUUAUAUAUAUUUGAUUGUAAAACAAAAAAAAGACAGUGUGUGUGUCUGUUGAGUGCAAUGACAAAAUGAUGCUUUAUGCAUUUCCAUCUCUUUAGGUGAGCUUUGAUCUAAGCAUCUUGUCAAGAAAUAUCCUAGUCCCUAAAGGUAUUAACCACUUCUGCGAUAUUUUUCCACAUUUUCUUGUUGCUUGUUUUUCUUUGAAGUUUUAUACACUGGAUUUGUUAGGGGAAUGAAAUUUUCUCAUCUAAAAUUUUUCUAGAAGAUAUCAUGAUUUUAUGUAAAGUCUCAAUGGGUAACCAUUAAGAAAUGUUUUUAUUUUCUCUAUCAACAGUAGUUUUGAAACUAGAGGUCAAAAAUCUUUUUAAAAUGCUGUUCUGUUUUAAUUUUUGUGAUUUUAAUUUGAUACAAAAUGCUGAGGUAAUAAUUACAGUAUGAUUUUUACAAUAAUUAACGUGUGUCUGAAGACUAUCUUUGAAGCCAGUAUCUCUUUCCCUUGGCAGAGUAUGAUGAUGGUAUUUAUCUGUAUUUUUUACAGUUAUGCAUCCUGUAUAGAUACUGAUAUUUCAUUCCUUUGUUUACUAAAGAGACGUAUUUAUCAGUUGCAGAUAGCCUAUUUAUUAUAAAUUAUGAGAUGAUGAAAAUAAUAAAGCCAGUGGAAAUUUUCUACCUAGGAUGCAUGACAAUUGUCAGGUUGGAGUGUAAGUGCUUCAUUGGGAAAAUUCAGCUUUUGCAGAAGCAGUGUUCCUACUUGCACUAGCAUGGCCUCUGAUGUGACCAUGACGUUGUUCUUGAUGACAUUGCUUCUGCUAAAUUCAAUACAAGCUUCAGAAAAAAAAAAACCCUCCAUUUUCAGCAUCAGGAUUUCAUCCGAGUGUGGAGUCCCGAGAACGGAGAUCAGUAAAAUUUGGAGCACGUAUUCAAGUUUCUAAAUUGAGAUUUGAUUACUGUUUGGCGGACAGGACAUUUUUGGGGGACACGAUAUACACCUACUCUUUAAUUGUUCUUUUCCUUUCUCUCACCCAACACGAUCUUAUAAGACGGAUUUCACCCCGAGGCCAGUGCAGCUCAUUUUGAUAGCUGCAUCCAUUGAUCACCAGCAUAUUGUGUUCUGACUGAAUCCACUGUCUGUCCUGUCGGAUGCUUGCUUGAGUUUUUUGGCUUCUUAUUUCUAAGUAGAUAGAAAGCAAUAAAAAUAACUAUGAAAUAAAAGAACUUGUUCACAGGUUCUGCGUUACAACAGUCACACAUCUUUAAUCCGCCUAAUUCUUGUUGUUCUGUAGGUUCAAGGCAGGUAUUUUCACUCUGUGUGAGCGCCAAACUAAAGUUUACAGUCUUUCUUUCUGAAUUUUGAGUAUCCUCUGUUGUAGAAUAAUACGAAAAAGACUACUAAGAGCAAUAAAUUAUUUUUAAGAAAUUGAUAUUUAGUAAAUCCUAUUAUGUGUUCAAGGACCAGAAGCGUUCUCUAUUUUGCCUUUAAAUUUUUGUGAUCCAAUUUUAAAUCCAUUCUGCUUUUUGCCCUGGAUUGUUGUUGACAUGAGUGGAACAGUUGGUUUCUUUUCUGACUUUUCAAAAGACGAUACCACAGAUAACCACGUUGAGGAUUAAUUUGUGCCCCCUCUGGCCUGACAAAUACUGUUACCAUGAAGAUAGUUUUCAUCAAUGGACUUCAAAUCGCAUCCAAAUUAGUGGAGCUUUUGUAUCUUACGCAGACACUGUGGGUAGCCCGUCAAAAUGGAAGCUGUGUCCUCUUUAUUUGUAUUUUUGGUUUUUUGGGAAAGAAUAUUUCAAAGAAACACACCCCAUCAUCACUGGAGACAAAUUUCAGCAUAGAUCUGUAGGCUUUUUAGAUGACCGAGGGCCGUUGCCUUCAUGCUGUGGUAAGUACCACAUCUACAAUUUUGGUAACUGAACUGGUGCUUUAGAAAUGUGGGUUUUUUUUUUUUUUUUCUUUUUCUAACAGAGAUGUAGCCAAAUCAUUCUUCCAGUGCAACAAAAUCAAUUUUUGCUAAAUGACUCCAAGAACAACGGUUGGGCUGUCAACAUUCAAAGCAGCAGAGAGGGAAUUUGCACUAUUAGGGUAUGAUGUUCGGGUCAGUUGAAAAAGGAAGCCUUUUCAUGCCUUUGGAUGUGAGCUUUCAGUAGGUAAUGAUUAUGUGUCCUUUUCUGAUGGCUGUAACGAGAACUUCAAUCACUGUAGUCUAAGACCGGAUCUAUAGAUGACCUAGAAUAGCCAUGUAAUAUAAUGUGAUGAUUCUAAAUUUGUACCUAUGUGACAGACAUUUUCAAUAAUGUGAACUGCUGAUUUGAUGGAGCUACUUUACGAUUUGUAGGUGAAAGUGUAAUACUGUUGGUUGAACUCUGCUGAAGAGAGAAAGUGAGCGAUUAGUUGAGCCCUUGCCGGGCCUUUUUUUCCACCUGCCAAUUCUUCAUGUAUUGUUGUGGUUUUAUUCAUUGUAUGAAAAUUCCUGUGAUUUUUUUUUUUUUUUUAAUGUGCAGUACACAUCAGCCUCACUGAGCUAAUAAAGGGAAACGAAUGUUUCAAAUCUA